AACAGAACGUGAGUGGCAGCUGCUCGAAUAAAGACGCCAGAACAGGAAUCUGAACGUGAGGGAAAGAGCGUUUUCAAAAACGGCAUUGCGUCCGCAAGCUGUCAGCGAAAACUCUGCCGGCACAAACCCGUCGGUACAAUCUCUCGGUGAAGCUGCAAGCCCGAACAUGUCUAAAUAAGCAACUAGAAGUGUUAUCAAGGUGAAGUGCUCAUUGUUACAAAACGCUCUUUCACGUGGUCUUUGACCCACCGACUGAGCGUAUAAAGAGACUGUUCAUCGAACGAAGGAAGCCCUGUGGACUGUUCUGCGGCUAGCGUUGUGAGGGUCGGCUGUCCACGUGAACCUGCGUACUUCCGCUUUGAUUCGUUCAAACUUUUCCUCCCGCCUCCAUUCUUGAGCAAAUAGCCUUCAUCAUUCUCGCAAGCUGUCAAGCUACCACGUGCAUUCACCGCCUCCAAUGGAUUCCCUUCGUCAGGUCGCAUUCAAUGUACAGGAGGCUUCAGGAGAUGCCAUUCAACUCGUUUUAACCGCCGUACUCUCUUUCAUUUUGUUGAUUUCAAGCGCACUUUGGUUGCGCAUUGGCAGAGCGCCUAAGGACACGAAACUUCCCCCAGGACCACCCGGAUUUCCACUAAUUGGUCACAUACCAUUGCGUACAAACAUAUUUGGCCUGAACAAGCUCAAAGAGUGGACGCAAAUGUACGGUCCUGUUUUUCGGAUAAAACUUGGCUUCAGAAACGUUGUCAUACUGAAUGAUUUUGAAUCCAUAAAAGAAGCACUGUCCAUGAAGGAAUUGCUUUACCGAUCCGGAAAUCUCGCCAUCGACCAAGCAGGCUUUAGAGGUAUUUUGUCAUUGAAUGGCCAAGCGUGGCAUGACAACCGGCGUUUUUGUCUCCAUGUGCUGCGUGAUCUCGGAUUCGGAAGGACCUCCAUGGAAGAGAGACUCAAGGAAGAAGCAGAGUACCUGGUUGAAAAGAUCACCGAACAUCGGUGCGAACCCUUCGUGAUCCAGGAUUUGCUCGUGCCCAGCACAUCUAACAACGUGACGGCACUUGUGUUUGGGACGCGUUACGCAUACGAGGACGCACGGAGAAACUUUCUGGACGAUCGACUCAAGAAGCUGUCGAGGUUCAUCGGUGCCAGACGGCUGAGUGCUCUUUUUCCCGGGUGGCUGAACCGGCUGGCGGCCAGAGUGCCGGUCCUGAAAAAUAACCUCGCUGGUCCAAUUCUCGACGACCUUCUGGCCUUUGCGAAACGCGAGAUACAAGAGCAUGAAGAGAGUCUGGACGAACACAGUAAUCGGGACUUUAUCGACGCUUACCUGAAGAAAAUCAGGGAUAAUGAGCCUAAUGCAAGCUCUAAUUUUCACAUGAAUUCGCUGAUCGGCAACAUCUUCAGCUUCUUCGUAGCUGGCUCCAGCACUGUUCAGGAGACGCUGCAGUGGCACCUGCUGGUGUGCGCUGACAAGCCUGAUCUUGUGCAGCGUAGAAUCCAGCAGGAGAUUGACCAAGUCAUUGGCCGCGAGAGGGCGCCAUCAUGGACCGACCACACGAAUAUGCCUUUCACCGUGGCAGUGCUGUGGGAAGUGUACCGCUGGCGCACCGUCACGCCGCUUGGUAUUCCGAGAGUAGCUGGCGAGAACAUCACUUUCAAAAAACAUUUUAUUCCCAAAGGAACUAUUGUGGUGGCGAACCUUCGGGCAGUGCACAUGAACCCCGAGUACUGGAAAGAUCCAGAAGAGUUCAAUCCACUGCGUUUUUUGAAAGAAGAUGGCUCGGGAUUGCUUCCCAAGCCUGAUCAAUUGAUUCCAUUUUCUGUUGGAAAGCGGAUGUGUCCAGGAGAAACAAUGGCCACUGUCGAAAUCUUCUUGUAUCUGACAACAAUCUUGCAAAAGUACAACGUCCUUCCUCAGGAAGGCUGUAACGUCAAUCUUUCAUCGGAAGCUACAUCUUUCAGUCUGGCGCAAAGGCAGAAGAUUCGUUUUUUACCUCUGGGAAACCUGCUUGGAAAUGUCCUGAACUUUUUCGGAGCUGGAUCGAACACUGUCCAGAUAUCGAUACAGUGGCACCUCCUCAACUGCGCCGACAAAGUGGAAUCGGUGCAGCGCAACAUUCAGAACGAGAUCGACAGUGUGGUCGGGCAUGAGCGACAGCCUUGCUGGGAGGAUCACAACAAUAUGCACUUCACAAUGGCCACCAUUUGGGAAAUGUACCGAUGGCGCACUGUUGCACCACUCAGCAUCCCGAGAGAGGCUGCUGAGGACGUGGAAUACAAGGAUUACUUCAUUCCUAAAGGAACUGUCAUCCUUCCCAACCUUUCGGCCGUUCACUUGGAUCCCGUGACUUGGGAAAGUCCGGAGAUAUUCGACCCCCACCGCUUCUUGAAGAAGGACGGUUCCGGUCUGAUAGCCAAGCCAGACCAGCUCAUUCCUUUCUCUAUUGGCAGAAGAAUGUGUCCCGGAGAGACUCUGGCUACUGUGGAGAUCUUCCUCUACCUGACAACGCUCCUCCAAAAGUUCACCGUGAUGCCCUUGGAUGGAAAAAGAGUUGAUUUAGAGCCAGCUGCAGUUGCAUUAAACAUGCCCGCCCCACAACAGCUCAAGUUUCUAUGCCGCGAACGCGAGAUACAAGAGCAGGAAACGAGCCUGGAAGAACACAGCAAUCGGGACUUUAUCGACGCUUACCUGAAGAAAAUCAGGGAGAACGCCCCUAAAGCAAACUCUAGUUUUCACAUGAAUUCGCUGAUCGGCAACAUCUUCAGCUUCUUCGUAGCUGGCUCGAGCACCGUUCAGGAGACGCUGCAGUGGCACGUGCUGGUGUGCGCUGCUAGAAGCCUGAUCUUGUGCAGCGUAGAAUCCAGCAGGAGAUUGACCAAGUCAUUGGCCGCGAGAGGGCGCCAUCAUGGACCGACCACACGAAUAUGCCUUUCACCGUGGCAGUGCUGUGGGAAGUGUACCGCAUCGCACCGUCAUGCCGCUUGGUAUUCCGAGAGUGUCAUUUUAACAUCGCUGUUUACAGUUCUGGCUGGUAUUGCGACCAUAGCAGUGGUUGCAUUCCUGUGGUCGCGCAAUCGCUGUAAGAACACCGGCCGCAGUCCACUGCCUCCUGGACCAAGAGGAGUGCCAUUGCUUGGCUAUCUGCCAUUCCUCGGGAGACCGCAGCAUGCAGCUUUCAGGAAUAUUGCCGACAAGUACGGCCCUGUCUUCAGGAUAAAGCUGGGAGCCAUGAACGUCGUUGUAUUAAACGACUUCGAGAGCAUCUCGGAAGGCUAUUCCAAGCUUUUGGGGCGACCGAAAGCAUUGUUCUUGGAUCACGCAGAUGUCGCAGGUUUGGCUAAUCUCAAUGGACGGCCCUGGGUUGAGAACAGAAAGUUCUGCGUUCGUUCCAUUACCUCAGGGUCGUACUGUGGAAAGACAAUGGAUCAGCAGAUUGUGGACGAGGCCGUCUACUUGACGAGAAAGAUAUCCGAAACAAAAGGUGCACCCAUCAACGCUGGUGCGCUCGUCCUGCCAAGCGUCUCCAAUAACGUGACGGCACUAGUGUUGGGUGCGCGAUACGACUUUGAAGACGAGCGGCGCAUUUUCUUGAACGGAUUGCUCGAGAAGGCGAUUCGACGCUUGGCGGCGGGCGCAAUCAUAACCGUCAUGCCUAUUGGCCUUAGGGCCGUCACUAAACUCUUCUUCACCAAGUUUGGCCAGUUAAGGAGAAUUGGGGAGGACAUGCUAACGUUCUUCAGCCAAGCAGUAGUAUCCGGACAGGCAAGUGGGAGACAAGAGAACAGCAUUAACUUCAUUGAAGACUACAAGCGGAUGAUCGCUAAGGAAAAUGGCAAUGCAAACAGCUGUUUUAAAGAUGAAUUUCUCUUUGGCAACAUUCUGACGCUGUUCGGCGCGGGCUCCCAGACGACGUACCAGACACUGGUGUGGCACCUGCUCAACCUGGCCGACAAGGUGGACACUGUCCAGCGCAGGAUCAGGGAUGAGGUCGACCUGGUGGUGGGAAGAACCAGGGCCCCUCGCUGGGAGGACAGACAUGACAUGCCUUACACUGUGGCUAGCAUCUGGGAACUCUUUCGCUGGAGGACGCCAGUGUUGCUUGGAAUACCGAGGCAGGCUGAAAAAGACGUAGAAGUUGGUCGUUACCUGAUCCCGGCUGGAACGGUCGUUAUGUCCAACAUAUGGGCGGCGCACAUGGACCCGGAAUGCUGGACUGACCCGGAGGAAUUCAAGCCAGAAAGGUUCCUCACCAAUGAGGGUUCGGUACUAAUUGAAAAGCCAGAGAACCUCAUUCCUUUCUCUAUAGGGAAACGAAUGUGCCCCGCGGAACCCUUGGCCAACGCGCAAGUGUUCUUGUACAUUACGAUGAUCGUCCAGCGCUUCACCAUUCUGCCAGAGGAGGGAAAAUCCAUAGACCUGAGUUUCGACACUGAUGGUCUCUGUGUCCCUAGACUGCAGAACCUGCGCUUCGUGGAGCGAUAACAGGAGAGCUGGUGUCAAGUAGUCACUUAUAUACCACGCCCAGACUUCUGGACACCACAAAGCGCAUGUUUAUCCAAAGAGCACUUGUUACAUGGCGUGGUUCUCACCAGAGCGACCAUGAUGCUACUCGGUAUUCGGAAGAGAUGUAUUCUCACCCCCUCUUCGAACUUAUAAGUGAUGACUAAAUUUAGGAAGUGGCGACGUGCUCCGUCAUUGCUUUAAAGCACUGCAGCACUAUCGCUGCUUGGCGGAAUCAAGUACCUUUGACGGAGAAUGAACAACCGACGCCAUCUUCUUUUUUCUCACUUUAAUUUAUACUUGCUUAGCAUAGUCGUCUAUCCACCAUGGCUUGCGAAAUGUAGUCUGAUCGACAGGUGUCAAAUUAGAAAGCCAUGGCACGCGUGUCAUUUUCUUUUUUCCGUUGUCCGUUGCAUGCGACACAUGCAGUGUAAGCGACUGGCGACAAAAAGGGAUAAUUUUUUUGGCAGUGCUCCUAGGUGGAGCAUGAAAGGUGACCACGUAAUCUGGAAAACUAGGUUUGCACAGAUUGUGCGUUGAAACUUUUUCCAGCAAUAAAAGUUGUCUAACUUUGACUAAGCAGAUAGCAUGUCCUCUGCGUCAGUCCGUACCAAAUCACGAAAGCGUCUAUAGUCAUCGUUCACGCCCUGGCGUUCUUUUUCUCUUUUUUUUACACCCUGGAGAAUUGAAAAGUUUCUGCGUGCAAUUUCGCUAAAAUCUGUCGAAAUAAAAUGUCAUUUAUUUUGCCCGCACGUCAUUUUGCGGUUAUGGUGUUAUUUACUCUGCGCCUUGGCAAACGACUGAUAGCGCAGACCUCUGCCCUUGACAACUCAAGUAUAUCGCUUUCUAAUACACGCGUGUUCUCAAGCGUUUCUCUAUCCUAGUAAAACCUCAUGCU